UCCAUGAUGUGGGAACUGCGAUCCGUAGCCUUCACCCGCGCUGUCUUUGCAGAAUUCCUGGCGACUUUGGUCUUCAUCCUCUUUGGCCUGGGGUCUGCUCUGAACUGGCCCUCAGCUUCCUCCCCAAGCAUCCUUCAAAUCGCGCUGGCUUUUGGCUUGGCCAUCAGCACGCUGGUCCAAGCCCUGGGGCACAUCAGCGGAGCCCACAUCAACCCGGCAGUGACCGUGGCUUGCCUCAUCGGCUCCCAAGUCUCCUUCCUCCGCGCGGUCUUCUACGUGGUGGCCCAGCUCCUGGGGGGUGUCGUGGGGGCUGCCAUCUUACAUGAGAUCACCCCUGCAGACUCCCGGGAAGGCUUGGCCAUCAACAAG